CUCUGGAAAAACCACAACGGAAACUGUCACCGCUUUAUAGAGGUCCAGUAAUGGCUCGUUGAACAAGUUUAUAGUAAUUUAUGGCGAACAACGAGCACCAUCGAUCCGUUGAAUCUUGUAAGAUUUAUUACAGGAACGUAAUCACCGUAAAAAGGAACCUUCGUUUUGUUUCUUCCGCUCUCGGUUUCUGCCCGGAGCCAUAACACAGUCACACGCGGUUUUGGAAAGAGGGAAAAAGAAGAUGGCAGGUUCUAAAUCAGCUUCUGUGCUGUGCAUGGAUGUGGGAUUCUCCAUGUCCAACUCUGCCCCGGGUGAAGAGCCUCCCUUUGAACUUGCCAAAAAAGUCAUUCAGAAGUUUGUCCAGCGCCAGGUUUUUGCAGAGACAAAGGAUGAACUUGCUUUAGUUCUGUUUGGCACGGACUCCACAAAUAACCCACUGGAUAAGGACGGUCAGUACCAGAACAUCUCAGUGCAUCGUCACCUCAUGAUGCCUGAUUUUGACCUUCUGGAGGAAAUACAGAAUCAGGUCCAUCCACAGGGUUCGCAGGCUGAUUGGCUGGAUGCUCUCGUCGUGAGCAUGGAUCUCCUUCAGAGAGAAACCAAAGACAAAAAGUACGAUCGUCUCAUCAUUGCCCUCCUGACUGACCUCAACACUCAGGCCAGCUCUGAGCACCUUGACGUUAUCAUUGAGAACCUGAAACAAGCUAACAUCACCCUGCAGUUUUUUCUGCCAUUUGCUGCAGAGGAAGAUGAAGAAGGUGGAGGAGAUGGAGACAGGAGAGGCCCUGGUCAUCACGGCACAGGCAAAGGACUGACCAGUGAACAGAAAGAUGGUCUGGACAUGAUGAAACACAUCGUGCUUACCCUGGAUGAGGAGGACGGCCUGGAGGAAAUUUACACCUUCAGGAAUGCAAUUGAACAGCUCUGCAUGUUCAAGCGUAUCGAGAGGAGACCCAUGGCCUGGCCCUGUCAGCUCACCAUUGGCAGCGCUCUGUCUAUCCGUAUCGUUGGAUAUAAAGCAGUGACCGAAGAGAAACUUAAGAAAUCGUGGACGACGGUGGACGCUCAAAGCAACAAAAGAGACGACGUGAAGAGAGAGACCGUCUACUGUCUGGAUGACGACAAUGAGACAGAGGUGCAGAAGGACGAUACCAUCCAAGGUUUUCGUUAUGGAAGUGAUAUCGUUCCCUUCGCAAAAGUAGAUCAAGACCAGAUGAAAUACAAGCAUGAUGGAAAGUGCUUUGCUGUCCUCGGCUUCACCAAACAGAGCCAGGUGCAUCGCCAUCAGUUCAUGGGGAGUCAAGUCAUCAAGAUGUUUCCUGGCAAAGAUGACGAGCAUGCUGCAGUCGCUCUAUCCGCUCUAAUCCGAGCACUGGAUGAACUGGACAUGGUGGCCAUUGUACGUUACGCCUACGACCGGCGCUGCAACCCUCAAGUAGGAGCAGCCUUCCCAUGCAUCACCAAAGACUACGAGUGUCUGAUGUAUGUUCAGCUGCCCUUCACCGAAGACCUCAGACAGUUUACAUUUCCAUCUCUUGAGAACAACAAAAAGCUCACUCCAUCAGACACCCAGCUGUCGAUAGUAGACUCUCUCAUUGACUCCAUGAUGUUGAUUGAGGAGGAAGAUGGAGAAAAAAAGGACUUGUUCGAGGUCCAGAACAUUCCCAACCCUGCCUUCCAGAGGCACUUCCAGUGUCUGCACCAUCGGGCCGUGAACCCAGGCACCCCUCUUCCCCAAAUGGAGCCGUGGCUGAAGGCUGCUCUUGAGCGCCCUGAUCUCAUCAGUGAACAGUGCAGGGCUUCACUUGAGGAGAUGAAAAAGAAGUUUCCCCUCGUUGAGGUGGAGAAGAAAAAGAAGCUGAAGACGAGUGCUCAGAUUUUUGGCAAAGAUUCUGAGGAGCCAGAUACCAAGAAGGCCAAAGGAGAUGACGAAGAGGAGGAGUUUAACUUGGCUGACAUCGCUGAAGGCUCUGUUACUUCGGUGGGCAGCGUUAAUCCAGCCCGAGAUUUCCGUUCUCUGAUUAAGCAGAAGAGUCUUCCGUUCGGAGAGGCCUGUCAGCAACUGACUCACAGGAUAGAGCAGUUGCUAAGCAACAAGAACACACACUACUUCAUGAAAAGCAUCACCUGUAUCCAGGCUUUUAGGGAGCAGUCGGUUAAGCUGGAGAAUGCAGAUCUGUACAACAGCUACCUUCAAUCCCUGAAAAGAAGCAUCCCAAACAGAGGGCUGGAGGUCUUCUGGGACCUGCUUGUUCAAGAUGCCAUAACUCUGAUCAGCAAGGACGAGGUUGAAGGAAGCAGGGUAUCCAAAAACGAAGCUAAUCAGUUUCUGGUUUCUGAGGAGAAGAAAGAGGAGGUGGCUGCACCACCGGCUGAAGAUACAGGAGACUUGGAUGACCUGCUGGACAUGAUGUAAGACGGGAGGCAAUGGGAGAGUUUGCAGUGGACACGCAAAAGAAAUGAGAAGAAUGCAAUCAUUCAGCCAGGCCAGUCCAAAGCCAAUCAGCCGUCCAUUGUUCUGCUUCCCACAUAGAGACCCCUGAUACUCUGUAACUACAUUUAACUGCGCAGAGGAAAGCUAGACUCAACUAAUGUUUACACCAGAGUCUUUACAAAAAAGUAUCAUAAGAACUGUAUGUUUGGGGCUUUGUAGGUGUUUAAUUUUAAAUGUCACAUUUCUUUAUUUUUUUAUUAAUGUCAUGUCUUAAUACAAGAAGUCAUUUAAAUCUUA